AUGGAUUGGAACAUGAUAUGGCCGUUCAACUCGUCAACCUCCGUCCCCGCCGAACAAGCGCCGCAGGCUACGACCAUGCCGCUGCCGGAGUCCGGGCGGUUGGCCCAUAUGCCUGGAGGGACUCCAUUGGCAGCAUCGUUGCAAGAUGAUGAUGAGGAGUACGACGAGUACGAGGACGAGGACGAGGACGAGGACGAGGACGACGAGGACGAGGACGAGGACGAGGAAGAUGGGGAAGAGACUAGCAGCCGGCAGGAGCUGGAAGAGGAGGAGAAGGCAUCCGAGCACAAAGCUCUCAGUGCCACCUCCUCCUCCCGUCAUCGUCUCGGAUAUCCAGAGAUCCUGAAGCUGUGCACGAUCCCGUACGACGAUCGCAUGCAAGAACUGCGGAGUCAGGCUGGGAUUGACCGACAAUGA